UGCGAAAAGGUCACGCAUUACACAACAUGAUAACGGAGGGCGUGUCCCGUGGAAUGCUUCCCUACAAACAGAGAAACGGUAUAAACCUGUUCAGCAAUACCGUAGGCGUAGUAUUUCAGGUCUAACCGCUCGGCCGCAUCUCUCGUUUGCUACAGACAAUGGCGACGCAAUUCUGGUCGAAGCUCGCAGGGGCCCUUCUUCUUUUGGCGACACUCGUUGUAGGACAAGGUGGCGGUGGUCAACAACUUUGCGACACACAGGGCAUCACAGUCUGCUAUUGGACUGUUGCCGUCAAUUAUGGGAUAUCUCCACUUGCAGGCCAGGAAACAACUGUCCAAGGAAAGGACAGCUAUUUAAGAUCCUUAUGUAACAGCAAUCCAUACGACUUUCCCGAUUUCAACCGUUGCAAUCAAGACCGUUACGCGAGAUGCACAGACGCCGAAAAAAAGAAGUUCGCUCGCAUGGAGCGCGGAUAUCACGUGCUUCGUGAAGAAAUCACCUCUGCAGACAGCUGCCAGUCUGUUGUGGAACUUCGUGAAUGCAUGGACCUGAGCGCCAUGAGCAAUUGUGAUGCCAGUCCAGAUUUUCUAGGUGGAACCUUCAAGAGUCAGGUGGAAGCGAGUGCGAGGGGGGCACAAAACUUGAAGGCCUGCAUCGAGAAGGCGGUUAAACCCUGCGAUGCCAAGAAGAACGCAGCCGCCAUAGCGCACUUGCAGAAGAUUGCUGACGCCAUUGUCGACCUGAACUGGCCAGCUGGUAAGCCGAACGCUGGUCACGCAAUGAAGGCAGCUACAGCAGUCGUCGCGGUAUCCCUGCUGAGCUGGAUAGUUCGUUACUUCAAUUAGCAGUUCUCUUGAGCGCACCAUCUCACAGUCAUCGACCAUGCUCAACUGCGCGCCCUUUUUCUUUUAAUCAGCCAUUAAACAUUCUAAAUGACAAA